AUGCCGAAACUUCACCAGUAUGACUACCUCUUUGCCAUCGGCACCAUCUUCGCCUUCCUCGACGCUUGGAACAUUGGUGCUAAUGAUGUGGCCAACUCAUUCGCAACUUCGGUUGCCUCACGCUCUCUUACCAUGAAACAGGCUAUGAUGAUUGCUACGUGCAUGGAAUUCACUGGAUCUAUGACUGUUGGUGCGCGUGUCGCAGAUACCAUUCGAACCAAGAUCAUCAGUACAGGUCUCUUCACAAAGGACCCAGCAGUUCUCAUGCUCGCAAUGGUCUGCGCUGUUGUCGGUUCCUCCAUUUAUCUUACCAUUGCUACGAAGCUUAGCAUGCCGGUGAGCACGACACACAGCAUCAUGGGUGGUGUAAUCGGUGCUGGUAUUGCUGCUGUUGGCGUUCACGGUAUCAACUGGGGCUGGAACGGAGUUUCUCAAGUCUUCGCCGCUUGGGCAAUUGCUCCUGGUAUUGCUGGUGCCUUUGGUUCCAUCAUCUUCCUGAUCACUAAAUUUGGUGUUAUGCGACGUAGCAACCCAGCCAAGAAGGCAAUCAUGACGGUUCCAGUCUACUUCUUCCUCACCUCCGCUUUGCUAGCUUUGCUCAUCGUCUGGAAGGGAGGAUCUGCUAAGAUCAAACUUAAAGAUCCGGAAGUUGCUGGUGUCAUCGUUGGUACCGGUGGUGUUGUUGCCCUCCUUAUUUCCGUCUUCUUCGUUCCAUACCUCUGGCGCAGAAUCGUCGCUGGAGACUGGCAACUGAAAUGGUAUCACGUCUUUCAGGGGCCUCUUCUCCUGCGCCGAGGCGAGGUUCCCCCUAUGCCAGCCGACCAUGUCGGUAUCCAGAACUAUUACCGUGGACACCUCACUCGAGAGGAACUCCAAGCAAAGAGGGCUAGGGAGGGCCACUCUGACGAUGUGGAGGCCCAUCCUACGGAUGGACCCGAUGAGAAGAACGUGUCUUCCUCGGACGUUGCGGCUGUUCCUGAGUCUACCUCUAAGGAUCUACUCUUCACCCCGACAUCUGCACGUCCUGUAGGUCCUUGGUACAACCCUGCGGUUGCGUUCUGGAUUACGAAGAGGGUUCUAUUGCGCGGUGUUGAGGUUGAUGUUGUGGGGAUGCAAUCUAAGCGAGAUUUCCUUUCUGGCGACUUGGAGGAAAUGCACGCAACCGGAGAACAAUUCAACAACGAGGCCGAGUACACUUUUUCGUUCCUCCAGGUUCUCACGGCCGCUACAUCGUCCUUCACUCACGGUGCGAACGAUGUUGCGAACGCUAUCGGCCCUUACACCACCAUCUACUUCAUCUGGAGCUCUGGCACGCUUAAGAACAAGGUCCCGGUUCCAGAUUGGAUCCUGGCUUUCGGUGGUGCUGCUAUUGUCAUUGGUCUUUGGACCUACGGCUACAACAUCAUGAAGGCUCUUGGUAACAAGAUCACCCUCCAUUCGCCAUCUCGAGGAUUCUCCAUGGAAUUAGGCAGUGCUAUUACUGUCAUCAUGGCUACGCGUCUGAAGCUUCCCAUCUCCACCACCCAGUGUAUCUGUGGUGCCACCGUCGGCGUCGGUCUCUGCAACGGUACCUGGAGGACUAUUAACUGGCGCAUGGUCGCCUGGAUCUACUUCGGCUGGAUCAUCACGCUUCCCGUUGCUGGUCUUAUUUCAGGUUGCUUGAUGGGCAUUAUCCUUAAUGCCCCACAUUGGACUCCUAAGAAAUAGGUCGGGUCUCUCGGGGUCGUCAUGUUUUCGUGGUGGA